UAACCCAGAUCUCUGGUAUUGCCAAAUUCACUCUCUGUGGUCAAUGAGCUCUGCAGCAGGUUGCAGUACAGCCUCCAACACUGGGGGGAGCAAGAGAUGCAGACUGAGAAAGAAGGAAAAGGACGAUGAGGAAGAAGGGAGAAGCCAUUGGAGAAAGGCUAAGAAAGAGCAUGGAGGAUCAGGGAAAUUGAAAGAGGGAGAACAGACGGCAUUACAUAGAGCAGCAGUGGUGGGAAACAGUGACAUUAUCAAUGCUCUGAUCCAGGAAAGCUGCGCACUGGACAGACAGGACAAGGAUGGCAAUACUGCUCUCCAUGAGGUGUCCUGGCAUGGCUUCACUCAAUCUGUGAAAUUGCUGGUGAAAGCUGGAGCCAAUGUUUAUACCAAAAACAAGGCAGGAAAUACACCUCUCCACCUUGCAUGUCAGAAUGGUCAUGCUCAGAGCACCAAGGUUCUGUUAUUGGGUGGAUCCAGACCUGACAGCAAAAAUCAUGCAGGUGAUACCUGUCUACAUGUGGCGGCCCGCUACAAUCAUCUGGCUGUGAUUCGUAUCUUGCUGGGAGCAUAUUGCUCUGUGUCAGAGAAGAAUUUGGCUGGAGACACUCCGCUACAUGUGGCAGCUACACUGAAUCAUAAGAAGGCGAUACGCCUGCUGCUGGAGGCUGGAGCAGACAGUCGCAUCAACAACAAUGCAGGUCUAACAGCUUUGGACCAGGCCAGAGAACACAACAACCCAGAAGUAGCUCUUCUACUGACUAAAGCACCCAGAGAGACCAGGCACUGUGGAACAUUCAUAAGAAGAAAGGUAAACUGCGUGGAACCGCCCUUAUGUUUCCAUCCUCCACACAACUUCAAAGCCUAUCAGCUGUACACGCUGUACCGAGCAAAGAUGCAAGAUAAUGCAGAAUGUUUUCAUUUAUUCCUAAUGAACAUCCUUGUUUCUGUCAUUUUUCCACUACAAUACCUUAAUGAUUUAAAUAUGGAUUGCUGGUUUGUGUUACAGGCUCCUCUGAAUGGCUGCCGCUGUGAGCCUCUCAUAAAUAAACUGGAAAACCAGCUGGAAGCUACCAAGGAGGAAAUGAAAACUGAGAUCCACAUCAUUCAAGACCAACUGAACAGCAAGAUGGGCCAGCUCGACCGCAAGAACAAACACCAGAUCUGGGCUCUUGACAAGAUGACAGUGGAGAGAGCGUCAGCAGAGAGAAGCAGCUGUCUGAAGAGGAUCGAGCAACGGGCCCUGCAGGAACGACGUGAAGCAGAAAAGAGACAGACAGCUCUGGCCAGUGAACUGAAGAGCUGGUGUCUGUCCAAACUGCAGAACAUGGAGGGCCGUGUCACAGGAGAGCCCAGCAGCACCAAGUUACAGCACUCCUCUACUGUGGCCGAAGCUAAUGUAGCACCCUUCGCUGUGGUGCCCAUUGGACAAGGGGGCAACUCCCAGUGCCUUGAGCACCACAGUGACCCUCCACUCCUGGAGUUCAGCCGGGAAGAGUCUAGUGUGGCAGAGGGUGGCACAGCCAGUCACUACUUUGUUGUUCAUGUGGAGAGCUCUCCAGAUGGUGAUAAGGAUCAGAAUACUGAGGAUGACUCUCCCACAGCAGCCAAGAACCCCCCAUCAUCUGUUCAGGUGGUUCGGCCAAAGGAGCGCUCUGUGACCUCUGCUGACACCAAGAGGAAGAACCAGGAGCUGAAUGAUGUGGACAUAAUGAGGAGUGGGGCCAGGAGCCAAAGAUCCAGCAGCUUCUCUCCAGCCACGGAGCGGCGCUGCAGCAGCAGAAAUGACAUAGGGAUCAGAGAGAAGGAAGGACACUGUGAUACAGGGAAGCACCAGAAGAAAUAUUUUCAGGGUAGGACUAAAUUGAGAGGGGACAUAAAGGUCAGGCCUCCAGAGGUCUUUGGAGGCCAGCCUACGUUUACUCAGGAGAGGGACAACAUGCAUGCCAUUGAGGUGACCCAGUAUUUCUUUGAGACGGUCUCGACUCAGAUGGAGCGCUGGUAUGAGAGGAAGGUGCAGGAGGCUCAAUGGCAGGCAGAUCAGAAGGCUCAGACAGAGAAAGAUGCUCUGAUUAAUAGGAUUGCCUACCUGGAGGAUGAGCUACGUAUGCUGAGAAUGCAUCGGGACGAGGACUGUUAAGAUACAAUCCAUUUGCUGGAGAAAAAAACUGCUGAGAUCUGUCCAGCAUUGACCAAACAUCAUAUAAAUGUGAUUCCUCUUGAGGACCAGUAUACAAAACUGCAGAACCUCAGAACCACAGUCUUAGAGCAAAGUGCUCCAUUGGGGUGGUGUGGUAGUAUGAAGUUUUUAAGAUAAGAUGCAGCCUGAUUAUAGAAGACUUUAUGAGGCAAAGGGUUUUAAAUUUGAUUCUGGAUUUGCCAAUGAAGCCAAUGAAUGGAAGCCAGUACAGUAGAAAUAUGCUCUCUCCUUCUAGUUCCUGUCUGAAGUUUUUUCGGACACCCUGAUAAUAAUGAAUUACAGUAGUCCAGCCUAAAUGUAAUACAUGCAUGAACUAGUUUUUCAGCUUCGUUCUGAGACAGGAUGUUUCUAAUUUUGGAGAUAUUGUGUAAAUAGAAGAAAACAGUCCUACAUGUAUGUUUAAUUGUGGUGGAGGUGUGGUCCCUGGCUCAGCUGCAGGGGAGGGGUGGCGCAGCG